CUGUUUUUUGUAAUAUUCUGUAAGAUAUAUGCUGUCACAGGUUAUCCACACAAAAUUACAGUACUUACUUACUUAUCUUACUUUUCAUUAUUUUUAUUUUUUACCAGAAUAUAUAGAUUAUAUUUAUUAUAAAAAUGAGUGAAGCUGUUAAGGAUGGUGAAACUGAAAAGACCAGUAAUGUUACAACAGAUCAAGUGCCUCUGAUUCCAACAAUUUCUGAUCAAGAAAAAGAAUUAGCCAGUUUAUCUUACCAAGCCUUUGAAAAAGGAAAAUAUGAAGAUUGUCUUUUAUCUCUCAGUCAGUUAAUUGCUACUAGAUCAAAUGACCUUAAAGUUUAUCAUAACAAAGCAGUAGCUGAGUAUUAUUCUUCUGAUUUUAUAAACACAAAUGACUUCCAAAAAAUACUUGUUGAUAUUUGUAACCAGGCUCGAAUUAACAUUGAUAAUGUUGAAACUUUGGAGGAUGUAGAUCAUUGUAUAUUAUUUUUCAAUCAAGCCAUUAUUUUAUUUCAUCUUCAUCAAUAUCAUGCAACUAUUACAAUUUUAGAUAAAUUGUUUCAGUUUAUUGAACCUUUAGCUGUUAAGGAUGGUGAAACUGAAAAGACCAGUAAUGUUACAACAGAUCAAGUGCCUCUGAUUCCAACAAUUUCUGAUCAAGAAAAAGAAUUAGCCAGUUUAUCUUACCAAGCCUUUGAAAAAGGAAAAUAUGAAGAUUGUCUUUUAUCUCUCAGUCAGUUAAUUGCUACUAGAUCAAAUGACCUUAAAGUUUAUCAUAACAAAGCAGUAGCUGAGUAUUAUUCUUCUGAUUUUAUAAACACAAAUGACUUCCAAAAAAUACUUGUUGAUAUUUGUAACCAGCCUGAAAAAGCUUUAAGCUUGAUAAGUUACAUUGAAACAAUGUUGUUUGGAAACAACAAGAUUAAUGAGAGCAAAACACAGGCAUCAGAGAAAGAUAAAGAACAAGAAAAAGACAAAGAAAAGGAAAAUAAUAAAGAAUCAGAAACAAAAGAAAAGGAUACUGUUGAGAUAAAUCAAAAUGAAAUAUACAGGCCAAAACUACAACAUUAUAAAGCGAGAUGUUACAUAAUGUUGAAGUCAGCCAAAUUCUGCAAACGAGAAAUAAAAAGCUUAAUGAAUUCUGGAGUUAAUAUACCUGCUAUCUAUCUACGUAGUCAGCUGGAAUAUCUGAGAGGAAGUUAUCGCAAAUCAUUAAAGGUUCUGAAUACAGCCACAUCUUCUGGAACUGUUCGUCCCGUCAAAGAAACUGGAGAUAAUCUCACAGUCAUGUAUUAUAAUAAUAUAGGAUGUAUUCAUUUUUAUAUGGGCAAACCUCAUCUUGCAUCUUUUUACUUUAAUAAAGCAUUGAAAGAACAUGAUAAUGCCAUAGCAGAAUUAACUGAGGAAGAGGAAAGAGAAAAACUUUCUGUUCGUCCACUUCCAACUAUGAAUUUAAUGACAAGAUAUCAUCUCUUGUAUAAUUUGGGUAUACAAUAUCUUCAUAUAGGAUGCCCUGACAAAGCAUUCGACUGUUUAAUAGAAGUUGUGAGGAUUUAUCAUGUUAAUCCUAGACUUUGGUUGCGUCUUGCUGAAUGUUGCAUUCAGUUUACGAAACCUGAAAGUUCACUUGACUUUCAUUUAAAUGAACGGAAGAAGGACAUGGUACAAAAAGUUGUUGGCGGGGGUAUUCAUAGAAAAAUUAUCUUAUCACCGUAUCUUUCAAAUAAUUAUAAAAUUAGUGAUUUAGAUCAAACAUCAGCCAUGCCAACUCCAACCUUGGAGUUUGCAGCAUUUUGUCUUCGCAAUGCCCUUAUGCUUUUACCUGAAGAGCAGUCAUCUGGUAUGUCAAGUCAGGGAAGUGUUGGUGAUGAAUCAGAGGCAUUUCAUCCACUUGAUAAUAAUACUUCCAUUAUAGCUUUACCUUCUAAUCCUAUUCAAGGAAAUGAGAUUGCUUCCUUAAGAAAUUCUAUUCUUAUUGCAAGUUCUUAUGUUGCAUUAUGCUUAGGAGAUGUUGUUGUUGCUCUAAAGCAUGCUGAAACAUUACUUCUACAACCCAGAAUCUCUGGAGCUCAUAGAUUAUUAGCACAUUUGUAUGCAGCAGAAGCUUUGAUAUUGAUGGAUCAUAUUGCAGAAGCCAUUCAACAUUUGAAUCCAGAUCAAAUAAAGGAUGUAUCAUUUACAUUACCAUUUUCAUCUGAAGGUGAUUCCAAACCUAAUGACAAACCAGAAGAAAAUAAUAAAAUCUAUGGAAAUUCCCAAAACUGGUUGCCGAAUACAGUGAAUUCUGCAAGAAUGAUUAUGAUAUAUAACAUGGCAGUGGCAUAUACACUAAGAGGAGAAUUAGAGAAAGCAGGAGAAAAUUUACGUUUGGUUGGAGUUUCAAGAAGCUCAGGCACUGAUAUUCCUGUACAAGCUUUGAUGCUGGCUAUGUAUAUUCAGUUACAACAAGGUCAUGCCGAUCUUGCCAGGUCUAUAAUAAAACAGCAUUUACCUCAAUACAGAUAGUAUUAUUAUAUAUUAAUUUGUUGUAUAAUUUUUUCCGUUAAAAAUUAGUUAUAAAUAAAAUAUUAUUUUAUAUGUUCUUUAUUUAUCCUACAUCAUAUCUGCUGUGAAGCAAAAUAGACUGUACAACUGAUAUUUAAUUAAAAC